GGCUCCCGGGGUCUGCUGGAAGGCCACAGAAGUGGGGAGGAACUGUGUCUUUUCCACUCAGACCCUAGUGAAAUGCAGGAAAGACUCCAAAAUAACUAGGGCUUUGCUCGAUGAACUGUCAACACUGGCAUAAGCUGUAAUUGUGCUCACUGUCCACACCAGAGCUUGGGAUUUUUCUCAGUCUGUUGGCCACGUACAUGGAGAGCUGACCAAAACUAAUUUUGUAAUAUAAACAUAAGCUGCACAUUUGGUUCAAUACUUACAUCUAUGUUAUGCUUCUGUGCAAAGCAAUUUCUCUCAGAAGUCUGAUAGCCAAAGAAAUGUCUCAAGAUUUCAGUCAAAUACACACAUGGCAUGCACACACCCAUAAACACACACACAAAGAAACAGGCUAAAAAGAAAGUGAUAGCAAUUGGAUCGUCAAAGGCCAUCGUGUAUCCUGUUAAUCUCAUCUUUUCUGCUACUUCUUUCAUUCCAAUAGCGAUGGCAGACUUUUUUCAGGGGGGAAUAACCAUUUUUUGGGAUAUAUAAAUGGAGCAGAAAGGUGGCAGGCAAAUUUAAACAACUGGAAUUGGGGACUGGGUUCUUCAGGGGAAAAAAAGUUUGAAGAAACUUCCACCAAAAGAAAAAAAUAUAGAAGGGCUUAUCUAACACAUCAGAAUAGCCUUUUACUAUGAGAACUAGAAGAUUCUUUCCUUUAAAAAAAAAUUAACUUAAAAGAUCUACGGGCCACGAUAACCUAAUAAGCAAGGAGGAUGUGUUGGGAUGUGAGGACAGCUGUACGGGUGAGCACUUGGCACCUGCCACUGGUGUUUUCACCCAGGUAUAGGCAGACGGUGUUCCAUUAAAGGAGCAGGCGAAAGAGAGCCGUCAAUUUGCUUGCUGUUGAAAUGUAAAUAUUUAUGCAUAAUUUAUAAUCAUGCUAAUGUAUUAUCUAGAAGUAAGUUGUGAAAGGAAAAAAAAAAAGAAACCCAAUCUCAAGUUGCCCAACUGAUUAAAAAUGCCAUCUCCUUCCCCUUACACUCCCUCUCCCCAGGGGGUUUGAGUUUCUUCUGUUGGCUCCUUUGCUGGUUGUAUAAAUGCUACAGUAUAAUUGUCCCCUCCAGUGAUUCAUGCAGCAAUCAAGAGACUACCAGCAAGGAAACUCUAAAAGGAAUCCUGGAAGCGGAACUAGUCGCUCGUAAAGGUGUUUCCAUUUCACCAGUCAAUGCUAACUGGACCACAGCUAACUUGAUCUUCAACGCCAACAUCACAGAGCCCCUUUCGCCACCUCAAAAACUGCACAAAUACGGACAACCCAGAAACCCAAAACUUUAUUGAUUAUAACAGAUUUUGGAUUCUCCUAGGACCUGCUCCAAAUUCCAUCAAGAAAAGUUCCCUGCGAAGAGAAGUUAACAAGAUAACAUAUGACGGAUACUAAAUAUUUAAAUAUAUUCCAGCAGUGGUUACAUAAGGCCUGCUCAGUUCUGAGAUCUAUAAUUGGGAGGGUCUAACUAGGACAGGGAAAAUAUAAAAUAAAAGCAAUCUUCCAGAGUGGAACAAAAAAGAAAUAUAUUCAUCCCACAGUCAUAACACCAUUCAUGUGCAGUGAUUUUUUUAUAGUUUUAUAAUUUUGUAUUGUUUUAUAAAUUAUUUAUAAGGUGUUGUAAUGCUUCUUAUAUUAAUUUUUUACAGAUAAAUUUUUUGCUACAAGGCAUAAAAAGGUGCCUGAACAGAUUCUUAGGAAUAUAAAUUAUACUGUGUAACUCAUACGUCUUUGGGACCACACCUAAUGCUUAAUUUUAUGAUGACAUUUCUCAUUUCUACUUGUAAACAACUUCAUAUGCCAAUAGCAUUUAAGUGUCUUUUAUGUUUUCACGAACUGAAGGUUAAGAUUGCUACCAACAAAAAAUAAAAGCCACUUUGGGCAUAUGUGAUUGUAUUUCAAGCUUCAGUAUUUUUUUCAAGUAAUUUUUAUUGUCAUCUGCAUUUCUUCAUUACUUCAUGAAAAAAUGACAAUGGAUGUUAUAUUUUACACUUGUUUAUAGGUUUUCUUUCUUUUUCAACCAAGAAAAUAUUUUGAACAGUUGGAAGUUUUAAUUGCAUUUGCAACGUUUUGGCUUCUUUAUGUUGUCAUCACACAGAUGCACACACACAUGUACACACAACACAAAAGAGAGAACAAAAAAGCAAAAGGAGCUAGGAAAAACAAAACAAAACAAAACAAGUAGAGGCAUAUCAAAGAACUCAAGCUAUAACCAAAAAGAAAUCAUAAAAUGCCUUUGCUCGUUUCUCUACGCUGGACCAAAGCUCAAUAUUUGUAGGUAUAUGCACAUUGUAUAGAUAUGGCUAAAUGUUGCUGACAAUCUCGCAAUACUAAACUGUUCCUAUUUAAAAAAAAAAAAAAAAAGAAAUACAAACUGUUCAUCAGUGUUUUACCUCAGCACUCUACUUGUACCAGUUAAUGACCAAGCUUAAAAAAAUGGAGAUAAAGGAAAUUGAUUUUCAUUUCAAUGUUUGACUGUAAAAUCUGUUUGGAUAACAUUUUGUAAUGAGCCUUUUGUCACGUGAUUUGCUUGUCUUCAACUUGAAAUUAUGUGAGGCACAUUUGUUUAUUUGUUGUUAAGAAAGUAAUUUUAUUUUUUUGUCCUAUGUGCUAUGAUCUAGACUGGUCACCGGGGUCACUUAUGAGGCACCACAAAGAGAUCUGCUUCUCCGUGCCUGGAGCAGGCAGCAGGAGGGAGGGCAGGAAACAGGACUGGGUUGUUUUGGAAAAAUCAUCAUGAUGAGAAGUUGACAUGAUAGACUUGUGACCAAGAAGCCAAACUGAAUAUUUAAAAGCUCCUUACUUGCUCUGACAUUGAAACCAAAGCUGAUUUUAUCUGCACAGGUUGCUUAAUGUUUUAAAAAAAAAAAAAACUGUACUUAAUCUAGAGCAAUAUCUGUAUGGUCAGUAAAGCUGCACUUUGUGUAUUUCUUAACAGCUUCAGAUCUGUCACUUUUAAUUUGUACCAUAAAAAAUAAAGAAUUGUUUGACAUGA